AUGGCUCACGAUCCGAUUUCGCCAGAUGCGCUCCGUACGCCUGUGUUUACGCGGCUGAAGGGUAAGCGCGUCGUUCUAGCAAGCAGCAGCCCACGCCGCCGUGAUAUUUUGGCGACAGUCGGAGUGCACCCAGAGAUCGUACCAUCGACGUUCAAGGAGGAUUUGCCCAAGAGCGACUUUGUCGGCGAUAUCGCGCACGAGUACCCAGUCGAAACGGCUACACAUAAGGCGAAGGAGGUCUAUAUCCGCCUCGUCAUGCAAGAUGAGCAUGACCCUCCAGAUCUCGUGAUCGCUGCCGACACAGUCAUUGUGCACCAGGGGAAGAUCCUCGAAAAGCCCCUGGACAAAACCGACAAUGUACGCAUGCUCGCUGACAUGUGCGGCCACUCUUUCCAUGUUGUGACCGGUGUUGCCAUCGUGCAUCCAAUUCUGCAAGCGCCAGGGUACGAAGUCCGCACCGUUUGCGAGCAGACUCGCGUCCAUUUUGCCGACGUGCCGGGUCCCCUGCUCCAGGCCUACGCCGAAUCAGGCGAGGGCCUCGAUCGAGCUGGGGGCUUCGCAAUCCAGGGACGCGGCGCACUCUUCAUUCGCAGCAUCGAGGGUGACUAUAACAACGUGGUGGGAUUCCCACUGUACAGUGUAUUUGAACUUCUGCAUGCACUCGUCGAAAAUGAAGAGCUCGAUUUUGAGGGUACUGCAUAA